CUGAAGGGGUCUCCCCUCGUGAAUGACCUGAGGGGGAAAAAAAGAUAAUUCAUGACGACUCCACUGGGCCUCCUCUUAUUCUUCCAUUUUUCUUUCCACCUGUCCUCUUCGUGGAAUGGAGCAACCUUGCUCAGAGCACAAAAUACAUUGUGCGUCUAAUAACGGCUGUGCUGUGAUAGGGAUUCUUAAACAGUUCUAUGCGUGAGGCUUGAAAUAUUAACAGAUGAUGGUUUGUUCGUUUGGAUUACUGCGGAACUGCAGCUCCAUCCCUGCAAGGAUUUUAUCCUCAGCACUGCACUGAUUAAGCUAUUUUUCUACAAAGAUGGCAUUGUGCAGGGUAGAAGGGAACAGGACCCAUAUGUCAGUGGUCUAGGAUGGCCAGUGAAGGCUCCAACAUCCCAAGUCCUGUGGUCCGUCAGAUUGACAAGCAGUUUCUGAUUUGCAGCAUAUGCCUGGACCGUUACAAGAAUCCCAAAGUACUUCCCUGCCUGCACACGUUUUGUGAGAGGUGCUUACAGAAUUACAUUCCAGCUCAUAGCUUAACCCUUUCUUGCCCUGUGUGCCGCCAGACCUCUAUUCUGCCAGAGAAAGGGGUUUCUGCACUCCAGAACAACUUCUUUAUCACCAACCUGAUGGAUGUCCUGCAACGAACGCCGGACAACAGCAUUGAAGAGUCGUCCAUCUUGGAGACUGUCACUGCUGUUGCUGCGGGCAAACCACUCUCCUGCCCCAAUCAUGAUGGAAGUGUGAUGGAGUUUUAUUGCCAGUCUUGUGAGACCGCCAUGUGCCGGGAGUGCACAGAGGGAGAACAUGCAGAGCAUCCCACGGUACCGCUCAAGGAUGUGGUGGAGCAACACAAGGCUUCCCUCCAAGUCCAGUUAGAUGCUGUGAACAAAAGGCUUCCAGAGAUCGACUCAGCACUUCAUUUUAUAUCUGAAAUCAUACACCAGUUAACCAACCAAAAGGCUAGCAUUGUAGAUGAUAUUCAUUCCACUUUUGAUGAACUCCAGAAGACUUUAAAUGUGCGAAAGAGCGUGCUGCUUAUGGAACUGGAAGUGAAUUAUGGCCUUAAACACAAAGUUCUUCAGACACAGCUGGAUACCUUACUUGAAGGACAAGAAAGCAUUAAAAGUUGCAGCAACUUUACAGCCCAAGCCCUCAACCACGGCACUGAGACAGAAGUUCUGCUGGUGAAGAAGCAAAUGAGCGACAAGCUGAACGAACUGGCUGAGCGGGACUUCCCAUUGCAGCCACGUGAGAAUGAUCAGUUGGACUUCAUCGUGGAAACAGAAGGCCUGAAGAAGUCCAUCCACAAUCUGGGAACUAUUUUAACCACCAAUGCUGUUGCCUCUGAAACUGUUGCCACAGGUGAGGGCCUGAGGCAGACAGUGAUCGGACAGCCCAUGUCUGUUACCAUCACAACUAAGGACAAAGAUGGGGAGCUCUGUAAAUCUGGGAAUGCUUACCUCACUGCUGAACUGAGCACACCUGACGGGAGUGUGGCAGAUGGAGAAAUACUUGACAACAAAAAUGGCACUUACGAGUUCUUGUAUACUGUUCAGAAAGAAGGGGACUUCACUUUGUCACUGAGACUUUAUGAUCAACAUAUCAAGGGCAGCCCAUUCAAACUUAAAGUGGUCAGAUCAGCAGAUGUGUCCCCUACAACUGAAGGUGUGAAGAGGCGUGUUAAAUCUCCCGGCAGUGGUCAUGUGAAACAGAAAGCUGUGAAAAGACCUGCAAGCAUGUACAGCACUGGCAAAAGAAAAGAGAAUCCCAUUGAAGAUGAUUUGAUCUUCAGAGUAGGCACUAAAGGAAGAAACAAAGGGGAAUUUACAAAUCUUCAAGGUGUAGCAGCAUCUACAAAUGGAAAAAUAUUAAUAGCAGACAGUAACAACCAGUGUGUGCAGAUAUUUUCCAAUGAUGGUCAGUUCAAAAGCCGUUUUGGCAUACGAGGAAGGUCUCCCGGCCAGCUGCAGCGGCCAACAGGAGUGGCUGUGCAUCCCAGUGGUGACAUCAUUAUUGCAGAUUAUGAUAACAAAUGGGUUAGCAUAUUCUCAUCAGAUGGAAAAUUUAAGGCCAAGAUUGGAUCUGGAAAGCUCAUGGGCCCUAAAGGUGUUUCUGUGGAUCGCAAUGGACACAUCAUUGUAGUGGACAAUAAAGCAUGCUGUGUCUUCAUCUUCCAGCCAAAUGGGAAAAUAGUCACCAGGUUUGGUAGUCGAGGAAAUGGUGACAAGCAGUUUGCAGGUACACUUGAUGGUCCUCAUUUUGCAGCUGUAAACAGCAACAAUGAAAUUAUCAUUACAGAUUUUCAUAACCAUUCUGUCAAGGUAUUUAACCAGGAGGGAGAAUUCUUACUGAAGUUUGGAUCAAAUGGAGAAGGAAACGGACAAUUUAAUGCACCUACUGGAGUAGCUGUAGAUUCAAAUGGAAAUAUUAUCGUAGCAGAUUGGGGAAACAGCCGAAUACAGGUUUUUGAUGGAAGUGGAUCAUUUUUAUCCUACAUUAACACCUCUGCUGACCCACUUUAUGGUCCCCAAGGCCUGGCCCUUACUUCAGAUGGCCACGUUGUAGUUGCAGACUCUGGAAAUCACUGCUUCAAGGUCUAUCGAUACUUACAGUAGCAAUGAGUUCUGGAGCUGGAUAAUCACACACCCUUAAGAAAAGACUGAUCCUAGAGAUCCAAUGCAGGAUGUCUCCUACUUUGAAUUAAUUUUUAAUAAUGAAGGAGUCUCUUCUGGACUUCUUGUAUUAAUUUCCAAACUUACCUUGUUUACAUAAAACUUGCACCUCCUACGUUUCUCACUGAACUUUUUGUUGUAAGGGUUAAUACACAGAAUCAUCUUUAACUGAAUUCAUAAGGACAAUGUGAUAUUAAGUGCAAACUGCAACUUAUGGAACUGGAAUUAACUAAUUAGGCAAAAAUGUGAAAAAUUUGGGAAAAGCUUUUUGAAGACUGCAAAGAGCAGCUCCUGCUCAGAGCUUCCAAAUUAGAAGAAAUAUCAUUGUUAUGCAUUAUUUAACCCAGAGGUGAUCCUGGGAAUCUUCUAGAUCUCAUUAUCAUGGUAGGUAUUACACUUUUAACAUUCUUCAGUCUUACUAUCUAUAACAAGUAGUCCCUUUUAGUAUAAGGUUAAGUCUCACAAAACCCAUCUAGCUCUAACUGUCGGACCUAACACAGCUC